CUCUUAUAAAUGCUCCACCGGCGGCAGUUCUUCCUCUUCUUUUGCCAUUUCUUUCUACCCGUCUGUUCGGUGUUCUUACUUGUCGCGGCGUCUCCGUCUUUUCGGCCACCAGCCUGCCUCAUCUCCUCCUGGUUUUCUGCUCCCUUCUUCCUCGCGGUUUCUCUCAUAUAUUUUUUUGUGCUUGCCUUCUUUAGCCUCGGCGCAACGUUGCGCUUUUUUGCUGGUCGCCCCCGCAGCCUAUGGCACUGGAAGGCGCCGCUGCCGCCUCCUGUAUUUCUGCUGUAGGUUCCCACAUCCCUCUUUAAAAAUUCCGCCUAAAAAGAGAAGACGAUUUACCAAAUCUUUCGGGCCGUUGUCCCACGGCAAACUCUCUGACCAGGUUUACAACUAUCCAGAGGGACUAGGAGAAGUGCUUUAUCGAGAACAGUUUGACUUCAACGCUGAGCCACCUUGGGAACCUAGCUGAUGAUAGUAGGGUUCCAUCUCCUAACUUGUCCAUGCCAGUCUGACAUGCUGGGAUCGUACUGCUUGCACAGCUGCUCCAUAGGAUCAGGUCAUCUGUUACUUUAGUACCACAGUUUGUUGCAUAACUUAAGGAUCCGGCUCUAAGGCUUUGCAGCCCGUCCCUUGUGUUUCUUGGUUUAUGACUGUCGGCUUUGCGGAAUACGGCUGAGAUGAAAGGAUUUCUAGAGGAUGCAAACUACUCCAUUGGCUUACUGGAUGAAGGAGUAAACGUUGGAGACGUCAUUGACAAUUAUAUUUAUGAACAUACUCGUAAUGGAAAAAAUGCUUUUUUCGUUGGUGAUCUGGGAAAGUUGAUUAAACAGCACAUCCAGUGGCAGAAUGUAAUGGCACCAGUAAAGCCAUUUUACAAUGUAAAAUGUAACUCUACCCCAGGAGUACUUGAAAUACUGGCAGCUCUUGGAUCUGGGUUUGCAUGUUCAAGUAAAACUGAAAUGGCACUGGUUCAAGACUUGGGCAUUUCUCCUGAAAAUGUUAUAUUCACAAAUCCUUGCAAGCAAGCUUCUCAGAUAAAAUACGCAGCAAAAAUUGGAGUAAACAUUUUGACAUGUGACAGUGAACUAGAAUUAAAGAAAAUUGCUAGGAAUCAUCCAAAUGCAAAGCUCUUGCUUCAUAUUGCCACAGAAGACAUUAAUGGAGAUGAAGAGAUGAACAUGAAGUUUGGCACCACCCUGAAGAACUGUCGGCACCUCAUGGAAUGUGCUAAGGAGCUGAAUGUCCAAAUAGUUGGUGUUAAAUUUUAUGUGUCAAACGCUUGCAAGGAAACCCAAGUAUACAAACAUGCUAUUUCUGAUGCUCGCUGUGUGUUUGAUAUGGCUGAAGAAUUUGGCUUUACCAUGAACAUGUUGAACAUUGGUGGUGGCUUCACAGAUUAUGAACUUGAUCUGGAAGAGGUUAAUCAUAUUGUCAGUCCGUUACUUGAUACCUACUUUCCUGAAGAAUCUGGUGUAAAUGUGAUUGCAGAGCCUGGAUGCUAUUAUGUUUCUUCUGCAUUUACUCUAGCAGUUAAUAUUAUUGCCAAGAAAGCUAUUGAAGAUGAUAAACCUCUUCUCUCUAAAAUAGAACAAACAAACAGUGAUGAACCAGUCUUUGUGUACUACAUGAAUGAUGGUGUUUAUGGUUCUUUUGCAAGCAAAUUAUCUGAGAAUUUGACCUCUGUUCCAGAGGUUCACAAGAAAUACAAGGAAGACGAGCCUCUAUUUGCAAGCAGCCUUUGGGGUCCAUCCUCUGAUGAGCUUGAUCAAAUUGUGGAAAGCUGUCUUCUUCCUGAGCUGAAUGUUGGAGACUGGCUGCUCUUUGACAAUAUGGGUUCUGGCACUUUGGGCGAACAAUCUGCUUUCAAUGAUUUCCAGAGGCCACCAGUUUACUACAUAAUGUCAUUCAGUAACUGGUGUGAGAUGCAAGAUGCUGGAUUCACCUCUGACACACUGAUGAAGAACUUCUUUUUGGUGCCUUCUUGCAUUCAGCUGAGUCCUGAAGACAGCUUUUCUACUGUAGCUUAAACAGGCAUUAUUGCUUCGAUUAGCCUUGCAGUUGCAUGUCUGUAGUCUUGUCUGGUCACAACAUUCCAGCUUGGAAGAAAAAUGGAACAAUCUUGAAUGAAUUACUGAAACUUGAAAUCAUUUGGGACCAGGCAAAACCAGCUACAACUACAAUUUACUGGGGGAGUAAGAAUUGUAAUAAACCAAUUUAAACAUGUCAGAUCACUCAAUCCCUCAGCAUUUUAAUAAAAUAUGCAACAAAAUGGAUGACUUAGUUGAGAUGGAAACCCAUCACUUGGGUUCUCUGUUAAACAGUUUACAUACAAGUACAGUUUUUAUACUAAGGAUAUCUGUUAGUCUUGUAAAAUUGGGUUUCCCUCAGAUAUCUGAAAUGUCAGUGGGAAACAAGUGUGACUUCAUUAGCUAUGUUUAGUGUACUUAGAAUGUGUAAAUUUGUGCUUUGAACUGUAGUUUAAUAAAUGUAAAAUUGCAUCAUAGUAUGUGUUGUAUUCACCUUUGCUGUACCCACCCUUGUACAAUUGCAAUAAAAUUUUGUGUAGACUUUACUGUUCUUCCCACCCCCCUCCCCGUUAACAUAGGGAAGAGGUCUAAGCAGCACUGAUAGUUUAAGUACAAAAAGGUGUUAAGGGUACUAUUCAAAGACUAUUUAAAUUGACGGAAUAUUAAAUCACGAGACUCAACUGAAAAGCACUAAGUUCAAAGUUGAAGUGCAAUUUGUUUUCCAUAAGCAUCUAAUUUAAUGAUUCUAACACCAAAAUAUGCGAGCCAACAGAUGCCUAGAAGUAAUCCACAGGAAGUAAAGUGCACUGAGCAGAAAGCUAAAUUAAAGCAAGACUUACCCUGUGCACUACUGGGAGUAAGACCCAUUAACUUAGGGAUGCUUACUUUACACAGAAACCUGCAUAGGGUUAAGAUUAGCAAGUCUCAAUAUUCCACCAAAGUACUUCUGAUUGGUAAAAUUUACUCUUUGAUAGGAUGGCUGCAUCCUAGGAACAGGAUCCUUGCAGUUUUGGAUACAGAGUGUGAGAGCAUGCCUGGAAGCAUCUAAACUGCAGCAGGUAGACUUCGCAAGCAAAAUACUGAAGCUUUUACUCAAAAUUGUUGCUUAGAUUCCUCAUACUCUUUGAUUUCUCACUUUAAUUUAUUUUGCUAACCUAGUAGCCUUGGGCAUGAAUUUUGAAAUGCACCAAGUCAGAGUUAAUUUGAAAAUGGAGAUUAGUAUUCCUAACUAACUUGGUGAUGUGAAAUGGGCUGUCAGAUACACAUGCAUUUUAUAGUAGUGCCAAUUGGCAGAACACUUUCUCCUUCUAGCUCAGUGUGCUAAAACUGUGUCUUUGCUAGGUAAAAGGGUUAGGGAAUAUUUCCUUCAACCUGAUCAUUCUAAAAUAACAGGUACUAUAUUUGAGAUGCUUUUCACUUUUGUGAAAGGUUUCUACAGCUAAAUCUUAGUAACCCUGACAGUAGAAUAUGGCCGAGAACAUUAAAGCGCAAAUGAAAAAGCAAGUUCAGUUUUCCAGUUCAGAAAACAUUAAUUUCUAGCAUUUUGACCCCAAUACCUGUCAGGGUUCUAUUAGGAAAGAAAAGUGGGGGACAGUUUUCAUAUCUAUCAUCAAGCCUUUUUAAAGAUGCCCAGGAUUCUGCUAUAGGUUUUUAGAACUGUUGUGAGUUAACCAACUCUGUUGUAAAUGGUACAGUCACCUUGGAAAUGUCUGUAUUGUAUUUGACAGUUUGCCAUAAAAACUGGUUUGAACUUGGUAUGUAUUUGAAUUUAUAUGCUAAAACCUAUCUUUCUGUUUACAAUAUUGUAAUAUCAGUUUUUGAAAAAUUCAAAUAUAAAACUGAAUGAUUUCUAUAUAGCAAAUUAA